AUGUCUGGAAUCCAAAGCUUGUUGAAAACCGAAAAGGAAGCACAGGAAAUUGUCGCCAAGGCAAGACAAUACCGUGCACAGAAACUAAAGGCGGCAAAGACCGAUGCCCAGACGGAAAUCGAAGCUUACAAGGCCACCAAGGCAGCAGAAUUGAAGUCUUUUCAAGACGAAUUUGCGGGUGCCAAUGUACAAUUGGAGUCUAAUGCCGAAAAGGAAGUCCAAGUGGAACUCGAGAAAAUCAGGAAAACUGCUUUGGAGAAGAAAGACAUUGUCUCUAAGUUGCUCAUUGAUACAAUCUCCUCCCCAAAGCCAGAAUUACAUGCCAAUGUCGCCCAUUAA